GACAGAUCUACAUCAGCACCACCAUCACUUAGUAGAUUAAAUAGUAAUUCAUUAUUUUCAUUUAGAGCGAAUGAUUUAUUUACUGAUAUUAGAGCGGAUGAACAGUAUUAUGAAUUUUAUAUUAAUCAUGUCAACCAAGAUAAAUUACCACCACCAUUAGAAAUUCAACAAUCCUUUUAUAAUAUUCCAGAAGGUGAUUUUGAUUCUUAUUCACAAACUUCAAGAAAUCAAUUCUUUCAAGAGUAUUUUAAACAAGGUCCACAAUUUAAUUAUCCACCACAACAUCAACAAUAUUUCCAAAAACUACCACCACAACAUCAAGCACCACCACAACAAUAUUAUCAACAACCAUCGCCACAACAACCACCAUAUUUACAACGUCAACCAUCAUUUGGUAGUACUACUCCAAUCGGUUACCCAUCUAUGACCCCACAACAACAACAACUUGCUCAACAACAACAACAACUACAGCAACAAAUUCAACAACAACUACGACAAUUGCAGCAAUUACAACAACAACAACAACGCCAACAACAAUUACUACAACAACAACGUUAUAUUCAACAACAAAAUCAACAAUCCCAACAGCCACCACAAACCCAGCAACAACAACAACAACACCAACAACAACAACUACAAAAUGAUUUAUGGAAUGUUCAAAGAGGAUUGUCACAACUUCAAAUGAAUGAUUCAAACAAUAUGAAUGGUACAACUGGUAAAGAUGACUAUAUUGUUAAAUCCUCAUUCGAUGUUGCAUUCUCCACAGUCAAUCAAUUAAUGUUUGAGUCUGAACCAUCAAAGCGAAAUGGUGGUAGUGGUACUGGCGGUGGUUUACCAAGAUCAGCUUCAAAUUCAUCAUUAAACCAAAUCUUUGAACCACAAGCCCCAAGAGUUGGUGGUAAUAGUGGUAACAGCGGUACUCCAGGUAAGCCACCAAUAAUGACAAAUUCAAAUAGUGUAGCUGGUGGUUCAACAAAUAUCGUUAGACCAAUUGCAAAGGUUAAUAUUGGUAAUAAUUUAUUGCAUUCAGAUUUAAGUCAAUUUGGUGUCAAUGGUAAUAAUGGCAAUAUGCUAAAUCAAAGUGGUAGCAACAUUUUAUCACCAACCCCAGUUAAUCCAAAUAGAACACCAACCCCACCAACAUCAUUACAAGCUGUUCAAUCAUCACAAUCAUCAACUUCACCUUCUGCCUUACAAAGUUGUAGAUAUUUUACCCAGGGUUAUUGUAGCAAAGGUGUUAAAUGUUCAUUUAUUCAUGAUCAAACAGAAUCUUCAUCAUCUGCUUCGACUCCAUCAUUAGAUAAGCUUGAAGCUGUAGCAUCAGUUGUAAAUAAUAGUAAUAGUAAUAGUAAUAAUAAUAAUAAUAAUAAUAAUAUUGGUGAAAAGCAAAAUAUUGGUAGCAGUGUAUCACCAAUUACAAAUACAGCAAAUAAUAGUAAUAGCGUAAAUAUCAAUAGUGUUAAUAAUAGUAAUAAUAAUAGUAAUGGUAGUAGCAGUAGUGGCAGUGUAACUCAAAAUAAGGGUGUCUCAAAUAAUAAACCACCACAACCACAAUCAUCAUCUUCAUCACAACAAAAUAGAAAGCCAACAGAACAUACAAAUAUCUUAAGCUUAAAACCAACCAACAAUCCAAAUCAAAGAGGUCACAGACAACCAUUGUUACCACCACACCAACAAAAGCAACAACAACAACAACUAGCUCAAUUGGCAAUCUCAUCACCUCCAAUCACUGAUCCAAUUACUUCUGACAUCAGUAAAAAGAUUGAUUUGAUCGCUAAUAAAGCUUAUACCAGUGUUGAACAACUUGUUGGUUCAAUCUAUCCAUUAUGUCGUGAUCAACAUGGUUGCCGUUUCCUUCAAAAGAAAUUAGAAGAAAGUGAUCCACAAUUAACCGAAAUCAUUUUCAAGGAGGUUUGUGAUUACAUGUUAGAGUUAAUGACUGAUCCAUUUGGUAAUUACUUGUGCCAAAAACUUUUAGAGCAUUGUAAUGACCAACAACGUCUCACCAUCAUCGAAAAGGUUGGUACUGACAUCGUUCGCAUCUCUAUGAACAUGCAUGGUACAAGAGCAGUCCAAAAAAUGAUUGAAUACUUAACCACACCAGAGCAAAUAGAGCUUAUUAAGCGUUCACUCAAAGAUAGUGUUGUUCAAUUAAUUCAAGACUUAAAUGGUAACCAUGUCAUUCAAAAAUGCCUCAAUAAACUUUCACCACAAGACAAUCAAUUCAUCUAUGAUAGUGUUAGUAGUGAUGGUAAUUGUGUAGCUGUCGCCACUCAUCGUCAUGGUUGUUGUGUUUUACAACGUUGUAUCGAUCACGCUUCUGAAUCUCAAAAACUUCAAUUAAUUCAAGAGGUUAUCGCUAACAGUUUGGUAUUGGUCCAAGAUCCAUAUGGUAAUUAUGUUGUUCAAUACGUUUUAGAUCUUCCAUUCCAAGGCCUUGCCACUGAAAUGGCUAAACGUUUUGUUGGUCAUGUCCCAAUUUUAGCUACACAAAAAUUCUCUUCAAAUGUAGUUGAAAAAUGUCUUCAUGUCGCUGACGCUACAACUCGUGGUAAUUUAAUUCAAGAGGUUAUCGAUUAUGAUAAUUUAUUAUACUUAUUACAAGACCCAUAUGCAAAUUAUGUUAUUCAAACUUCUUUAUCAAUCUCUGAACCACAUCAACACACUAAAUUAGUUGAAGCUAUUCGUCCACAUUUACCAUUACUCAAAAAUACUCCAUAUGGUAAACGUAUUCAAAAUAAAAUUAUCAAAGAAGCAAGAGAAUCUUAUAAUUUCAAUUAA